UUCGUUCGGUGAUUAGUGCGUGAUCGUGACAGACCAACCAAGAAGCGGUGAUCAUAGGUGGCUUUUCUUUCCCCAUUUUCUUUCUUCCAGCACGUGACGUGGAGACGCAAACAACGUGCACAAUUUCUCGACACUGAACAUCCUGUUGUGCACCGUGUGUGCGCGCUUGUGGUUCGUUAGUCCUGUGGCUCCUUCACCUUUUCUCUUUCACUCUCCCGCGGGUGUUGCAUUGGUGUGCCUGAGUGUGCGUGUGUGUGUGCUUUUGACUCAAACUUGAUCGUAGACUCUGCCGGACUGGUGCCGCUUCGUGAAGGGUCGUUUGGCUGUGUAUGCAAACGUGAAACGAUGGUGCGCCUGUUGGUUCUGCUCCUGUGCGUGUCGAUGGCGACGACGCAAAAACCGGGCAAUUUCAACUUCAAAGAGAAAGACAUAGACCCGCAGGUGCUGGAAAUACAGCGACAGAACCUGAUCACGCAGAAGAUCCUGCAGCGCUACCUGGAGCGCCGGCUACACCCGGGCCGAAAGCCACAGAUCCACGUGCCAUCGGUGGAGGAGAUCCUGCCGAAACCGUUCGCCUCGCUACCCUCGGAGCGGAACGUCCGGCAGCAGAACCAAAGUGCGGAAGCGGCGCCCGGGGCGUCCAGCAGCAACAGCAGCGCCAGUUCCGAGUCUCGGUACGAUCUGUUCAAUGGCCGUAACGGUCGCCAGUAUGACCCGGACGACGAGGCUAACCGCGAUCCGCAGUACGACGAAGGGGACGACGACUACCGGGACGAGGCGUCCCGGGAUCUGGACCAGUACGACGAACUGAGCGCUGCACUGGCCGACAGCGAUCGCUUCGACAUCGAGUCGCUGCAGUCGGGCGAAUCGGAGCACGUCGACUCGUUCUAUCGGGACAAGUACUUCAGACAGAGAGCAUCCCAGCUCUCGGGGGUAGCUGGCGAUGGCGGCGACAAUGACGCGCUGGACGACGUAGACUUUGAGGACGAUCCCGAGGUCAGUGUUUUAAGUGAGAUCACCAAUGAGAUUAGGUUGCAGCAGGAGAGCGUUAAGAAAGUAACGACCAGGGACCUCCAACCAGUGACGGGCAUUCGGCGUCCCAAACGUCAGGCGAUCAAUAGUCGCACGUCACGGCGCAGUCGUCCGACGGUCCGCGAAACACCGACCAUCACGAAUCGGGUGGACGCGCGGUACUACACCGCGGAAGACUACGUCGACUACCAGACGACGCCGGUGCGGGCGAACAAGAACCUGCGCGAUAACUACUCCGAGUACCGGCUGCAAUCGAAGAACCGGAACGUGGCCAUUGAGCCGAGCAAAACGACGCGCCCUCGUCCAACGACGGCCCAGACGACGUUGGCCCGGAAUGCGGCCAGAUCUCGCAACCGCAAUACGCUGAAGUCGCUGGCGUACAAGCCGAACGUCUACAACGCCAACAACCGGCGCACGACGUUUACGCUGUCGGCGUACAAUAAGCCGACCGGCCGGUCCACUGGCUCCCGGCGCGGAUCAACGAAUGGGCGCAACUCGUACAAGGAGGAGACCGAGCCGGCCCGCAACUGGAACCGGUUCGGGCAGGCGACACCAACGGCACAGGACUGGCGCCGGAAGACGGUUAGUCUGGGCAGUUCCAACAUCCAGCCGAGCACGGCCGCCCUGACCGUGACGUUCUUCCUGCCCACGGACACGACGGUGUCGGUGGUGGCCAACUCCAAGACCGAGAUCAGCCUGAUCAAGACGACGACCACCAGCAUCGAGGAGAUCUGCACGUCCUGCUUCUCGCUGACCCAGGGUCCGAACGGGGUACCGGUGCACGUACUCAACAAGGAGAUUACGUCCUUCAACAACGACGGUCUGUUCGAAAUCACCAAGUUCAUCCUGAGCUCGACGCCAACCACGACGGUGUCGGUGUCGCAGAACACGUUCCGUGGUCGCUCGACCGCCUACUCGGCCACCAUCUCCACCACCAUCUACGAGGCGACCCCGUUCGUGGAGACCAAGGGCAAGACGGCCGACCCGAACUCGGUGCUGUCGAACGCACCGCUGGCCAACAUCCUCCUGUCGCAGUUGCUGCUCGGCAACCUGGGCGGGGCGCCUGAGCCCAACUUUAUCCCGCGGCCCACCGAGUUCCUGCACGACCCGAACCGCUACCAACUGAUCGUGACCACCACGACCGACUACAAGACGCACGUGAAGGAGGUGGUCCAGACGGUCACGCAAACCAAAUCCAUCGUCCUGCCCAUCACGUUCCAGGGGCGCGAGAUCCUGACGACCGUGUACGAGAGUGACGUCACCAGCACGCUGAUCACGUCAUACAUCACCGAGACGCUCACCAUCCCGACCACCUCAACCGUGCGCAUCCAGCCGACGGUCAACCCGGCCGAUGACAUCUCGAACAAGCUGAGCCUGCUGCUGCCCUUGCUGGAGGAGCGCGAACGUCAGAACCGGCUGCUGUCGGCCAUCGAGCCCUCGUUGCCGGUGGUGUCGACGGCGCCGCCGACGCUUAGCCCCACGCCCACGGCCACCAGUGCCGUGUCGAAGGUGUACGUGUCGGGCCAGCAUCCCGGCGAGUUUAGCGUGUCCUUCACAACCAUCUUCAACACGUAGGCCAACUCGACGUCCGCGGCUGGACAUCGAGUACCCUCGGCCCAUACUCAGCACCUUUUUAGGGUAACCCCUGAGGGCUACCGAAGCCCGAAAGCCCCGCUGACGAAGAGAGUGUCAGAAGUGGACCCCACCACUGACGCUUGCACCAUUGAACACCAUUUCUUCCAGAUUAAAAUUAGGCUAGCGGUUGCGUAUCUCAAGAUCCGGGAGGCUGGGCCAGGUAGUACCGGAUGUGGCUCAACCCGGACUCGACCCCCGACAGCAAUGACCACCCCAGAGAAACCCCAGUUUUGUACCGCAAGGAAGUUUGGCAGCCAGCUGGGAAGCUGUUGCACAGGAGUAGUUUGUACGGCGUUUUGUUUUGCCUCCACUUAGAGGACCUGGGGGAAGUUCUGAAUAAAUCGUC